AUGUCAACAGAAUCUACUUGCACCUUUAAUUCAACUGAUUGCAAAGGAGUGAUUAGGCAAAUUACUAAUAAUAUAAAAAUUCCAAUAACAAAUAAAGAAAUUAUUUUAGUUGGAAUGAAACUAUGUCAAACUCACUUUAAUAAAUUUAUUACUAAUGAAGUACAUAACCUUAAACUUAAUGAAACUUGUUCUCAUCCAAAGCAUGAUGAAUAUAAAAGCCAAUCAAAAAAUACAAAUAAAAAAUCAAAAAACCUUAAUCUUGAAAAGGUUCCAAAGAGAUUAAUUUCAAUUUUAAAUUUAGAUGAAACUGCUAAAAUUUGUAGCUUAUGCAGAAAAAGGACAGAUAAGGAUCCUGAUUAUAAUAAGUUAGAAGAAUAUAAUGCACCAAUUUCUAAAAAAGAAAAUGAUGAUAAUAUAUUAAAUAUAGGAAAUCAUACUUAUUCAUUUAGAAAAGAUGUUUUAUACAGUGAAGAAGAAUUAAAACAGUUUGAAUCAGAUUAUCAAGAAAUCAUAACACAAUUAACUAUUUCAAAUGAAAUAAGUUUAAGUAAUAAAAUCAAAAAAAUGUCUAGCAUUCUUUACAAAAAUCAAAGAGUAUUAAAACAAAAAACAAUUUAUGAUCCUGAUGAAUUUGAAAUUAUGUUAGAAGAAGCAGAUGCAGAUUUAAUUGGUUUUUUUGAUGAAUUGUAUAAAGGAACUAAUCCUAAUACAAAAUCUGAAAAAACAAAUAAUAAUAAUAAAAAAAAGCUAGUUUCUUUAUGUUAUUUUUUAGCUAGUAUUAAUAACAAAUAUAUAAAUGGAAUUAAAGCAGAUAUUGGAUUAUAUUUAGAAACUUCUGGAGCAUCAGCUUCUUCUAUUGAUACACUUGCAAAUAUAGGAUUAUCAGUAUCCAGAAGAACAGUAAAUUGA